AUGCUGCGCUGUACAAUCCCUCGAGCUCUCGUGAGCAUCCCUCGUCGCUCGUGCAUCGUGCUGCCUCAGCAAUGGACCCGCAGCAUCAACACAUUUCGGCCGACGUUGCCCGUGUCCUCCGACGCGCCAACGACGCGACGAGACGAGUCCCUCGGCUACGGGCAAGAUCAACGCCAUCUCCACCGAGAGAACUGCCACAUCUGCCUGGCCGAGCAGAGCCGCGAGCAGCUGGCGGCGAUGCCUAUCGUGCGCAAGGGCCGCGGCCUCUACGUCAUGGGCACGACGUGCGACGCCUGUUGGGCCGUCCUCUACGAGAAGGCGCAGCAGACGCAGGCCGAGACGUUCGCUCGGAACCAGGCCCGCAAAGCGCGGUCCGACGCCAUGCUCGAUGCCGUGCGCGCGAUUGACGCCUUCGAGGCCGUCCCCAUCAGAUACGCGUCCGAGAAACUCGCCCGGUCGAGCAUUGGGCGACGGGGCAAUUCGCUCGAGUGGCAUCGCCGCCAUCUCGUCUCGUCGCGCUCGCGCCUGGGGGCUCUUUUGCAGAUCGCCAAAGUGCGGAACCGGUAUCAGUGCAACAAGCUACGUGUUGAUGCCAUGGAUUUCGAGGCGUGGUAUCCCGGUGUCUCCGGUCCCUUUUGGUACGCCGCCGGUGCCACCGUCCAGAUCAUCCUGUUCGCGACUCUCGCCAUCGAACUCAAGCGCAAGGCGCCCAACGCACACACCUUUCUCGAAGUCGUCCGAGCCCGCUAUGGACCUGUUACCCACUUUGUCUUUAUCGUCUUCUGCUGCUUCACCAACAUUCUCGUCACGGCCAUGCUGCUGACGGGCGGUGCUGCCGUCAUUGAGAACCUGACGGGGGCCCCGACUGCUGCCACCGUCUUCAUCUUCCCCCUCGGUGUCGUUGUGUACACGCUUUUCGGCGGCAUCAAGGCCACCUUCAUCACCGACUACGUCAACGCGCUCGUCAUCCUGGUCAUCAUCUUCAUCUUCGCGUUUGUCGUGAGAUCUCCAAGGAGCGACCCAUCAGCGGCAACGCCGGCGGCAGCUACCUGA